UUGAAUGACAACAGUUUGACAACUUUGCCAGGUAAUGUUUUCAGAACACUUGAGAACUUGGUCAUUCUCUGGUUGCACAAUAAUAAAAUAGAAUCUUUGCCAUCAGAGAUAUUUGACUCACAGAAGAACCUUCAGACUCUGAGUCUUAUGAAAAAUGCUUUAAGGAAGUUGGACAAAGAAUGGUUCAAACAUCUGGGCAGUUUGGAAUUUCUGGCCUUAUCAAACAAUCAGCUGGUUUCUAUAGAGGAGGACACAUUUUCUGCACUGGUCAGUUUAAGAAAUCUUUCCCUCCAUCACAAUCAGAUCAUUUCAAUACAGGAUCAUGCCUUUAGCAAACUGCAAAAAUUGGAAAUCUUGUGGCUCUAUGACAACAGGCUUUCAGAAAUAACUGACAACAUUUUCAAUGGAGCAACACCUAUAAAAUCCUUAUCUCUGCAUAAUAACCAAUUGAAGAAAAUGAGCAGCAAGGCAUUUGAGAGUCUUACAAGCCUGGAGCAGAUAUAUCUUGAUGGAAACUUGUUGACAUCACUGGAUUCUAAGCUAUUGCAGUCUCAGAAUAAGUUACGCAUGCUUGAACUGCAAGACAACAAGCUGACCUCAGUGAACAUCGAGCUUCUGAAACCUCUCGUCAGUCUUAGAACUUUCAAUCUUUCAGGAAACCCACUGCUUUGUGACUGUACCUUAUGGGAUGCAUGGCUGUGGUGGAGUGCACGUGCACUAAAUCCACUUGCCACCUGUCAACUUCCAGAGAUAAGCAUAGGAGUCAGUAUCAGACAGCAACUUCAGAACUUAGUCUGCAAUUCAGAGAGAACUGGCAGAGUGCAGCCAGCUGUUUCUCAAACGCGUGUUCAAGCUGAAAGCAGUUGUGGUGUGAGGAAUCUCACUGUUGGGUGCUUGAUCAUACUCAUCAUUAUUUCUGCUAUAAUGAUUGGUUCCUUCAUUUAUAUUAUAGGUCACAGAAAACACAGAGUACAGGAAAUGUUACUCCCACUGGAGAGUAACAGUAUCUGAUAUUUUAUGUGAAAAUAUGCAAGAGUUGGAAAGAAGUAUGACAGCUAUCAGUGAUCCCAUGCUAGGUAACUUGAAAACUAAACGGUUUGACUCCCAACAUAUAUACUACAUCAUGCAGCUGUGACGAUCUCCUGAAUGUAAACAUGGCUCUGGUGAAGAACUGUUAAAAAUAAUAUACGUAAUAUUUCCUUAAAUAUCUGGCAACGAUAAAAUAUAAAAAAAAUAAUUGUUUGCAAGUGUAUACAUCACUUUUCACAUACAACA